GUGACACUCUUCAUCUACAAUAGCUUCACAUCGUCUGCAUUGGUUGCAGCAUUCAUCAGACGUGCUCUGCGCUACUAUCACUACUAUUUGGACCACUAUUUGUGCGCUGGCGUAUCUCAGAUUCCUGUGAAGAGGCAUAAGCGUCGUAUAUGCCAAAACCCCAUUUGAAGGCCCUCGCCAUCACAGAUUUGCGACCAUCUUUUUUGUCAACCAUUUCCCACGCUAUCAAUAUGUCAUUCAAUAGGAGCUCUCAUCAUGAUGACCUUCCUGGACAAGAGCUGGAAAGACGGCCCCGACAUACUCGCUCGGGGAGAGAAUGGCGCCGCUAUAGCCCCUCUUGGCCUGUGGACUUCUCUUCGCCCCCUCCAGAUUACCGCUCCUAUAGCACCAGUCCCGUUCGAACGCGUUUAUAUCACUCCCGACCCUCUCCUUCAGAGACAACUCGUGGACCAUGGCGCCCCCCUCCUCCUCCACCGGUGUCCUUCCCCCCUCCACAUUACGUCGAUUUGGCGCGUCCUUCCACGAAAAAGAAUAAGGCGUUGGUAAAGAAGACUGUUACGCCAAAACUACUGGUGCUCGACCUGAACGGGGCGUUGGUAUGGAGAAAUCGGAGUUACAGGGCACAUAUGUCCAACCCGAGACCAUACCUGUCGUGUUUUCUGGAAUACCUUUUCCUCCCCGAACCAUCGUCCGACAAUGGAAAUAGACCUGGCGACACUCAAUCAGUACGGCCUUGGGAAGUUUUCGUCUGGUCAUCUGCUCAGCCCCACAAUGUUCGUGCAAUGGUAGAAGCGUGCUUCGGUUCACGGUGGAUAGAAGGGAUCUGGGAACAGGCUAGCGAGGAAGGGAAAAAGGGAACGGAGGAGGGUGAAGGGAGAUUACUGGGAGUAUGGGCGAGAGAUAAAAUGGGUCUAAAGGGUUUUGACUACUCGAGGAAAGUGCAAACAACCAAGGAUUUGAGAAAGGUUCUUUCUCACUUGAUCGAGACGAAAAAGCUUCCAGACCCGACUACCCCCUACUCAGAGAAAACAAUCGUCCUUUUGGAUGAUUCUCCUCUGAAAGCGGUCUUCCAGCCGUGGAACCAAAUAGUCAUACCUGAAUUUGACAAGGCACUCCAUCGGUCCAGUCGUCUUGCUGCCGGUCUCAAAUCGGACACUCAUGAUGAUUCCGAUGAUGGCGAAGCUUCAACUUCCCAAACUGGCCAAGGUCAUGAGAUGGACAAAAUUCUUCUUGCUGUCAUUGGCAUUUUGGAUCAGCUGCGACACGUUUCCAAUGUUCCCCUUUGGGUUAGGGCUGGUGGUCUUACGUUUGACCUUGACGAGACAAAUCUCCACCCUCCUACCCACGAGUCUCUGCCAUCCCAUGUCGAUUAUCAGCAUUGGUUCAACGAUCAAGAAGUGUACUCGAAAUGGGUCGCUAAGGGCGAGGAAGCGCUGAAGCGAAAAGGAAUUGAAGUUAGGCACGGCUUGGACAUACCGCCAUCUCCGCCGAGCAGGGAAACGCAAGAUGGGAUAUUCCAUGUUGCCCCUAUUGCUUCUCUUCGUUCUCCAUCCUUGGAUUCACGUGAAGAAAGAGAGGAGAGUCGCGCCCGUUAUUCACCGUCAAGACCGACCUCCUGUUUAUCCCCCUCAUCAUCGGAUGAUCGUCUCGAUUUUGAGGUUUCUGAUGGGGAGAUGGAGUGUACAAAAUCAGAAAGUGCAUUCGCGAGAAGAAAGAGGGAAGAAAGAGCUCGAGAGAAAGCUGCGCGAAAAGUUAGGAAGGGGCAGCAACAAUUUGCUAGGUAUGCGGAACAUAAAGUGGAUGAGGAAGCAAUCAAGGGCGAGGUUCACCCCGGUGAUAUAGCAGACCUUUCAAUAAACGAAAACGCAGCGGUCCCCUCAGAAAAUAAAAUUGAUAGCAAAGCACCUAAUGAAAAUGACAUCGAGUCCGUCGCUGCUAGAAAGGAGGCCAAGCAAGUGCGACGUAAGCAAACGAGGGCGGAACGGAAGGUGAAGAAGAAUGAAAAAGAGCGAGAGUUAGAGGAAUUGAGAAGGGAGAGGAAAGGAGAGCAAGCAAGCGGUGAAGCACCAAGAAAGAGAGCAUCACAUCUGCAAAGACGGCAUCCACUCAAGGAAUAGGCUUCACGAACAUUAAUGAAUGACUGCGUCGUCGGAUUCGUUCAUUCCAUGUUGCAAUGACAUUUCGAACUGUCAUUACAUAGCGGCAGGCCGCCACGCCUUGCAACAGCAUAAACUGCUCCGCACGGCGUAUACGUACGAGACUAUGUAUGCAUGCAUUACGCACGUAUCCAGUAUGCCUGAUUAAGCUUUCAAGGCUUCCUGCACCCAUUUUCCAACAGCCUUCUUAUCCACCGCGGCCUUACUUUCGCCCAGUUCCUCCCACAGCGCUUGUAACACUUUGCCAGCGGCCCCUUUUGAUGAUCGUACGUCUUCAGGUAACGAUUCGAUAGUCUUCUUGAUGAUUGAUUGCAAUACCUCUUCAGAAGGGGCAGCUGGGAGGAAAGAUCGAAGGAGAGAGAUUUCGUUAGUCAAGGAAGCAUGAUUUUCGGGGUGGGCAGAGGGAGACGAAGGCGCGUAUGACUCGGCAGCUUGAGUCUAAACAUCGGAUGU